UUAAAUGGAAACACACUGGCAAACCACGUGUGUACCGUUGUGUAUAUUUGACAUAUUUUAUUAUAUUUAGGUCACGCAUUACAAACUAGACCAUCACAUUAUAUUGAUGGUAUUUGUCAUGAAUGAGAGACAUCAGCCUGAUUUGAGUAAACUCGUGAAGCGAACAAAAUAGAGGAAUAUGAGAGAAAAGGAGAGUAAAGCGAAAACUACUGGUGAUGAAUUCACUUGUGAAUAUUGUAAGAAGGUAUUCACUUCAAAGAUUAACAUGAGAAGACACAUCAGAUUAAUACACAUUUCUAAUAAAGGAGUAACGUGUGAUAUUUGUAACAGGCCAUUUAAUAAUCGCAAUUAUUUACUUCGUCACAUGAAAAGUAUGCAUUCUUCAAUUGAAGAAAGUUGCACGUGCGAAAUUUGUGAUAAAUCGUUUAAAAACGACACGUGUUUGAAGAAUCACAUGAAAAUACAUACUGGUGAUAAAGUGCUCGUUGAUUGUAAAUUCUGUGGUAAAUCAUUUUCAGGAAAAGAUUCUUUGGCAAAACAUAUCAAAAUACACAAAGGCAUUAGAAGUUUCAAAUGUUCCCUUUGUGACAAACAUUUCUCACAGAAAGUUAAUCUUCAAACUCACGAAAUUGUGCACUUAGGUUUAAAACCUUUCAAAUGCGAAAUAUGCUCGAAACCAUUUAGGAGGCAACACCAUCUAGAGUCACACCAGAGGAUACAUACGGGGGAACGCCCAUAUAAAUGUACGAUUUGUAAAUUUACUGCCAUCUCAAGUUCACAACUACGUAGACACAUCGACUUACAUUCGGGAGAAAAACCCUUUAAAUGCUCAAUCUGUUCGAAAGCAUUUAGUCUAAAGAAAUACGUAAAAGCACACGAAACUACUCAUAGAGAAAAGAAAGUUUUAUGUAAACUUUGUGGUAAAGCCUUCGUGAAUACUGAUUCCUUGUAUAAACAUGGCCUUGUUCAUUCAGAUAAAAACAAAGUCGAGUGUGAAAUAUGCGGAAAGGUUCUGAAACAUCUACCGAAUUUAAGAAGACACAUAAAAGAACUGCAUUCCGAUGAGACCAAUUUUACCUGCCAUAUAUGCGAUAAGUCAUUUAAGAGAAAGGCACAUUUAAAAGUGCAUGUCAGAAUUCAUUCAGGUGUGAAACAGUACAGAUGCAAGAUUUGCGACCAUGGUUUCUAUGACAACACAAAUUUGAAACAACAUAUGCGGAUGCAUGCGGGAGAAAAGCCCUAUAAAUGCCUAACGUGUGAUAAAUCCUUUGCAUCGAAUCAACACUUGCGUAACCAUCAACUAGUUCAUACGAAACAAAGACCAUAUAUAUGUACAGUGUGUGAUCGGACUUUUACGACAAGUUCAAACCUCAAGGAUCAUAUCAACGUACAUACCGGAGACCAACGGUUUCAAUGUACGCUUUGUGAGAAGCGGUUUACCUUCCGAUAUGAAAUGAAGUAUCAUAUGAGAUAUCAUGCAAAAGAGAAAAACAAAAAACAGACAAACGAUGUUUGAAAUGGCUACAUGAGAUACGUUCUAUUUGAAUUGAUUGAUCCUUUGAGUAAACUUAUAUUGUUUUUUAAUAUCGGUAAACUAUGAUUGCUUU